AUGGCUGUUCUUGGGUUACACACAGCUGUGGAAAGGGGAGGAGACAGUACGGAAGAAAAGGACCUCGCUAUCGAGACCAAGGAGGUGGGCCAUUCUGCCGCCGGAAGAACAUCAGCUUAUGAUAAGCAAAGCGGCCUCUUCGCGAGGGUCCAGGACUUGACCGGAAGGUUUGGCAUUGAACAACGGGGCAUCGAGCGGGUGCUCCCCAGCGAAAGGACCGACACAAGCGUGAGCAAGAUCGGGACUCUGUGGAUGUCAGCAAACAUCACUGUCUCGACCUUUGCACUAGGAGCCCUGGCGCAGCCCGUCUUCGGGCUCGGCUUCGUUGACUCGGCAUUGACGAUUGUCUGCAUCAACGCCUUGGGGGUCCUCCCGGCCUGCUUUUUCUCAACCUUUGGCCCUCGCUUCGGCCUCCGGCAGAUGGUGUUGUCGAGGUUCUUUUUCGGAUACUAUGGUGUCAAGCUCAUCGCAAUAUUCAACAUUUUAGCCUGUGUCGGCUGGAGUUCUGUCAAUGUAAUAGUCGGGGCGCAACUCCUCGCUGCAAUCAACCCAGGGCCCCACGCUCUACCAGGCUGGGCAGGCAUCCUGAUCAUAUCUCUGUCCACCUUGUUUAUUACCACCUUCGGCUACCGCAUCGUGCAUGCCUACGAGCGCUGGUCCUGGAUCCCCGUGUUGGUCAUCUUCUGCAUCGUCGCAGGAGAGUUCGGGGUCUCGGGCAAGUUUGAUGCCCUCCUGCCCCUUGAGACAGGGAAAUCUGAGGCAGGCUUGGUCCUAAGCUUCGCCGCGAGUGUGUUUGGCUUUGCCACGGGCUGGACGGCGCUGGCCGCGGACUACGCCGUGUACCAGCCCGAGACCCGGUCCGCGCGACAAAUAUUCUGGUGGUCCUUCGGCGGCCUGUUCUUCUCGCUGGUCUUCACCGAGCUCCUCGGCGCCGCGGUGAUGACGGCCUCCGCCCUGGAUGAUGACGUCGCGAAUGCAUAUGACACCAACCACAUCGGCGGGGUCCUAGCCAUAGUGCUGGUCCCGCGGCUGGGUGCGUUUGGCAGGUUCUGCCUGGCCGUGCUGGCGCUGAGCAUCGUCGCCAACAACUGCCCCAACAUCUACAGCGUGUCCCUCUCGCUCCAGGUGCUGGCCAGACAGACCCAGCGCAUCCCACGCUUCGUGUGGCCCGCGGUGGCGACGGCCAUCUACGUCGCCAUCUCGGUUCCCGGGUAUAGCAGGUUUGAGGAGGUGCUCGAGAACUUCAUGCUCCUCAUCGGCUACUGGCUGGCCGUCUACGAGGGCAUCUCCCUGACCGAGCACUUUGUCUUCCGCAGGACCAGCGGCUAUGCCGUUGAGGACUACGCCACGCCGGGGAGGUUGCCUCCUGGCUACUCCCCGCUGUGCGCGUUCCUGGUUGGCGCGGCGGGGGCGGUCUUGGGAAUGGCACAGUCUUGGUUUGUAGGACCGAUAGGGCGGCUGUGCGGUGAUGAGUUCGGCGGCGAUGUUGGCUUUGAGCUGGCGUUCGGUUUCAGCGCCGUGGCUUACUUGGUGUUAAGAUCGGUCGAGAGGAAUUGGUUCAAGAGAUGA